UGCUGUGACAGCUAUCGUCAAAAUGGCCGUCACUCUGUCACUUGACAUGACAUCGUUAAGUCCUUGCGAGCAGGUUAUCCCCAAAACGUUGCACAGGAAAAUGGCAGAACAAGAACAAAAGCAAGAAAAAUAUCAAGAAACAAUGCAAGAAAAAAAGCAAGAAAAAAUGACAGAAAAAAAGCAAGAAAAAAUGACAGAAAAAAAGCAAGCAAAUAAACAAGAAAAUAAAGAAAAACAAAAACAAAAACGCCGAGCAAGCCGUGAGCCUUCACUUGAGAUGAAGCUGCAGAUUGAGAUGAAGCUUUCCGAGCCAGGAUGGGAGGGCCAGAAGCGCUUCAUUACCUCAGCGGGGUCAGCCGCAAUGGCAAUCACCACUAACGCAAGGAUUCCGGAGAGUUUCGUCAAAAUCUGCCGGCACAAGGACGCCGUUGGGGGGCAGUCGACCCCGCCGCGGGCUCACUCGAGGUUUUGUCGUUUUAAAAGACUCACCUAUAAGCCGCGUGUCCUCAAUCUGACUGAUGAACCCGAGGACUGAUAGCUCCUGCUUGGUCUGGGUUGGCGAGGUCCCCCCAAUAAAUGAUGGCGUCGUUACGCUUACUUACUUAA